AUGGGCGAUAUAGCUCACUAUGGAGCCAGAGGCGGAUGGAUAAAAGAUUCAAAAUCCCUUCCCUGGGGAAUUUCAGGAGAAAAAGGUGGUCCUCCAAUGAAUAAUAAAAGGGAGCAUCCGACUCGGAAAGGAGAGCGUCCUAGUGAAGAGGCACCAGUUGGUGGUAAUAAUACACCGGGGGCUGGAAUUGCAAGGGCGUCGUAA